AUGGCGUCUCCCAGGGGCGGCGGCUGGACGGGUCCGGCGCAGCGCCCGCGGCGGCAACAGCAGCGCCCGCCGCCGCCGCCGUCCGGGGUUGUGGCCCCCGCCGCCUCUGCUGCCGCCACCGCCGAGGGAGCGGAGUCCGGGGCCGAGGCGGAGUCCCGGGCCGAGGGCCUGUACGUGGCCGUGGAGCGCUGCCCCCUCUGCAACACCACGCGGCGGCGCCUCACCUGCGCCAAGUGCGUCCGCGGGGGGGACUUCGUCUUCUUCGACGGCCGGGACUCGGAGCGGUUUUCUGAAAAGAAGGAGAGAUUGAAGCACCUUAGAAACAAGCAGCACGAAUUCCAGUCCCAGUUGUUAAAAGCUAUGGAGGGGAAAUGGAUAACUGACCAGCUGAGGUGGAAAAUAAUGUCCUGCAAAAUGAGGGUUGAGCAGCUGAAGCAAACGAUCUGCAAGGAAAACGAAGAAAUGGCACGAAACUCCGAGUGGCUUCUCCGAAUUAAGGACGAGAACCAGAAGCUGUACCGCAGGGCCCAGCGGCAUCAGGAGAAGAAGGAGAAGAUCCAGAGGCACAACCGCAAGCUGGGAGAGCUGGUGGAGAAAAGGAACUACGACCUGAGAAGCCAGCAUGAGCACCUUGCAGGCCUCCGGCGCUUGCAUGUCCUGGAACUCACCUCCGUCAUCUUCCCUAUCGAGGAGGUGAAGAUUGGCAUGAGGGACCCCGCAGACAUGUCGUCCGAGAGCGACAACGCCAUGACCUCUAGCACUGUGAGCAAGCUUGCGGAAGCCAGGAGGACCACCUACCUGUCCGGGCGAUGGGUGUGUGACGACCACAACGGAGACACCAGCAUCGGCAUCGCGGGGCCUUGGAUCACCCUUCCCAACAACGGAGAUUAUUCUGCUUACUACAACUGGGUGGAAGAGAAGAAGACCACUCAAGGGCCAGAGAUGGAGCAUAACAACCCCGCUUACACCAUCAGUGCUGCCCUGUGCUAUGCAACUCAGCUUGUCAACAUUUUGUCGCAUAUACUUGACGUAAACCUUCCCAAGAAGCUGUACAACAGCGAGUUCUGCGGGGAAAACCUCAGCAGGAGGAAGUUCACGUGGGCAGUGAAAAAGCUGAACGCCAAUAUCCUUUAUCUUUGCUUUUCUCAGCACGUAAACUUAGACCUCCUGCAUCCUCUCCAUACACUCAGGAACCUGAUGUACCUGGUCAGCCCCGAGACAGAGCAUUUGGGAAGGUCCGGUCCGUUUGAGAUCAGCGCCGACCUGGAGGACUCGAUGGAGUUCGUGGACCCCAGCGGCGCCGGCGAGACGGACGAGAGCGGCGACGAGCACGUCAGCGACGAAGAGACGGACCUGGGGACGGACUGGGAGAACCUGCCCAGCCCCCGGUUCUGCGACAUCCCCUCGCAGACGGUGGAGAUGCUGCAGAGCCAGAGCACGCUGGCCUCGCGGGAGCCCAUCGCCAGCAGCAGCGCCGGAGGCAUGAUCUCCUCGGCCGCAGCCUCCGUUACCUCCUGGUUCAAAGCAUACACUGGACAUCGCUAG